CGACAUUCAUUAUUUCACCUGCAAUAACUAUUAAUAUCUUUUCUCUCCCGUUCAAUUGCGGAUCUUUGAAACGGCUGUUGACUCCGAUAAUUGAAAAUCGACUGACAUGGCAACAAAGCCCGGUCCAGAAUCCCAGGGUCCGUGUUUUCCCUUGUAACCACUGACUCCGUUCCUUUCUCCUCCGCAUCGAAAGGCCUUUAUACUUUGCCCACUCUUCUACAUUUCUCACCUCCACACUCUCCUCCCUUACUCCUACUCACGCACCUACCUACCUAAUAUUCCUCUCUAUUAUACAAUCUACCCCCCCAACCAACGUAACUGACAAAAAUCCGCCCUUAAUGUCUAUUUCAGAAGCCACCACCACGGCCCUCCAGUCAUCUCUCCGUGAACUCUCCCUCAACAACACCAAUCCGGUGAAGGAUAUCCCCCGGCCCGCCGUAAAAACAGCUCCCACAAAGAAGAAGGCCCCCGUCGUCGCCGACUCAUGGGAAGACGAGGCCGACGAAUCCGAACCCGAACCCAAUUCCCCAGCAUGUACUAGCUCGUCGCUCUCCCCAUCCGUCACAACAGCAGAGGGCCCCCUCGAUCCCCCGCCUACCCCCAUCUCCCCCCAAACAUCCCACACAUGGAACUCUGUACCGGUGUAUGCUGAUGUUGGGGGCGCGGGCUCACGGACCUCGGCGUCGAGGUCGCCCACGCCGGCACGCAGGCCGGAGAAGCAGACGGCUGUUGCAGGGAGGAUGAUUGCCGGGGCGUUGGGGAUUCGGGCGCCGAAGAGGACGGAGGAGCAGCGGGCGUACGAUCGGGCUGUGAAGGAGAAGGAGAUUAGACGGCGGAAUCAGGAGAGGGAGGCUGCGGCUAAGGUUAAGGAGGAGGAGGAGCGGGCGAAGGCGGCUGUUUGGGAUGAUUGAUCAAUAAAAUAGUUGGUUAGUUAGUUUCGGCGUUUUGUUCGUUGUUUUAUAUAUAUAUUUUCUUGUGGCUCUUCUCUCUAGUUGAUUUUUAUGGUCUGGUCUUAUAUCGUUCUUUUUCUGGGGGUGUUUGUGUAAUAGUUUGUUGAAGUUUGGGGGGUUUCGGUUUGGGAUCAUGAGCAGUUGUAUCAUGUGCAGGUAUAGUUACAGGGAGUGUACAGUACUACUCCUUCUGCUUUGUGUUUGUGUUUGAACGUCUGAUCAGGACUUAGGCAGACGGGAUUAAAGGACAGUAAUACUACAAGCGACGGAAAUCCCACGGAAUC